GCCGGGGCUGGGGCUCGGCCGCUGGCAGCUGUACGGUGACUCGCACGAGGGCGCGGUGCCGCCCAGGGACUCCGCCGAGGAGGACAGCUCCGGCGACGAGCUCCCCGCCGAAGUGCCCUCGUCCGCGGAGCCCGCGCUGAGUCGGCGGCGUCGCGGAGCGCAGAGCCAGUGGUUCGACUGCGCGCCCACGGACGGCUCCGCGGCGUACAUCCGCUACCUGGGCACCGGCUGCCCGCAAGGCUACCGCAUCCACUACCCCACCACGGGCAACCCCGUCAAGCCCGUGGCCGUCCUGGUGCAGGGCGACGAGGACGAGGACUACGACGAGGACGAGGAGGACCAGCCCACGCCGGUGCCGCUGCGCGCGCUGCGCCGCCAGAGGCGAGACGUCUCCCGCGAGGUGGUGCUGCACUGCGACGCGCUCAAGCAGGAGGUGAAGGGCAUCCUGCAGUCCCUGGGCAAGCACUGCGAGCCGGGCAAGAUGGUGUACUUGACGUUCAACAAGUCGCUACCGGCGACGCCCCUCGAGUUCACCGACAUCGCCUCGUGGUUCGCGCCGACCACCCCGGCGCCGUCCUUGAUGGCCGGGAGGAGGAGGCGCAUGGUGGCCGUCGGCGGCGCCCCGGCGCAGGACGUCCGCGGCGGCCCCCGAGCACGACAAGCUGGACAAGCUGGACAAGCUCCCCGGGCGGACAGCAGUCUCCUGGACACCAUCACCAACACGGCGGAGAGCAAGGACUGCCCCGGCGUCUGCGUGCACACCCUCGCCACCCUCAUCUGCUACCAGGUCCUGGAGGACGUGGCCUGCCCGUCGCCGUCCAUGAGAUGCUGCGUGGACCAGGCCCCCGCCAACCAGACUCAGGCCGAGGCUCAGCCCGCCGCGAAGCCCACUCCUGUGCCGGCCAAGACCAAGAAGCCGCCGCCGCCACCGAGCACGACCACCACGACGACGACCACCACCCCGUCGACCACCACCGCGGCGGUGAAGACGACCAAGCGGCCCGAGCAGACGACGGCCGCGUCUGACGCGGCCACCACCAAGGAUGGGGCAGUGCGCACGUGCCCGGGCGUCUGCGUGGCCGAGCGCAUUUCCGACUACUGCGAGGCCGUGCUCAACGUGGCCGACCUGUGCAAGCCGUCGCUCAAGUGCUGCGUGUCCAAGGACGUGUUCGGCGACGACGCGCCGCCGCCCAGCCUCGUCAUCAUGGACCGCAACUCGACGAGGACCCGUCCGCCGGCCGGCAGCUCCACCACGACCACCACGUCCACCACCACCACCCCGGCGCCGCCGACCUCCACCGCGUCGCCGCCACCGAGGACGACGGACAGCCCCAAGCAGCCGCCGCCGUCCUCCAUGCGGCCGCUGCACCGGCCGUGCAAGGGCGAGUGCGUGAGCGGGCUGUUCUCGCUGUUCUGCGACGAGGUGGACCUGGACGCCACCUGCCCCGGCGGCGACGACUCGUGCUGCAUCACCAACCCCGUGGAGGCGGCCCCCCGGCCUCCUCCUGGACAGACGCGCCCCGGCUCGCCCUCGGGCGGCAGCCCCACGUCGGCGCCCACCACCACGACGAUGGCCACCACCAGGAGGCCCUCCACCACCACCACGACACACUCGCCGCUGCCGCGCUGCCCCGGCUUCUGCCUGCUGGCCAUCAUGUCCGGCUUCUGCGAGCGGCCGUCCGUCCUGGUGCCUCACACGUCCACCUGCCAGAGGGGCUCCGUGUGCUGCGACAACCGGCCGCGCCCCAAGCCCACCACCACGACGACGACCACCACGACCACCACGCCCGCGCCCAGGGACGACCGGCCCGACUGCCCCGGCUCAUGCAUCGUCACCUACUUGUCCUUCACCUGCUUCCGCAACGCUGAGAUGACGGAGCUGUUCAAGUGCCGCAAGGCGGGCACGCAGUGCUGCGCCCCCAAGUCCAUCAUCCACGAGACGCUGGACCUCAAGCUGGGCGGCGGCAGCGCUGGCGGCGGCGACGCGGACGGCGACACGAACCACCUGGGCGGAGGCACGCCGACGCUGUCCGGCCUGGGCCCGCCCAAGUACGGCCCCCCGGCCUUCGCGGCGCCGCCCCCGCCCGCCUCCAACAGGAACGACACCGUGCUGCCGUACCGGCCGCCGGCGCGCAGGCCACCCAUGCCGCCGCCACUGCCGCCGCCGGGCCCCUCCGCGCACGUCCCGCCAGUGUCCGGGCCGCUGAUGACGCCGGCACUGCCGCCGACGACGUCCACGACGCCGAGGCCCGCAGUCUACAGCAAGUACGUGUGCGGCGUGAAGGGCACCGCGCGCGCCAGGGCCACGGACCACCCGCGCCCGCCCGUCGUGGCCGAGGCGUCGACGCCGUCCCAGUGGGCGCCGGCCGAGCUGGAGCAGGACCCGAGCUUCGCCGCGCUGCUCCGCGAGGGACGCAGCCUGGCACCGCGCACCCGCGGUGGCAGGGUGGUGGGCGGCGACGACGCCGAGCCCGCCGAGUGGUGCUGGCAGGUCGCCCUCAUCAACUCCCUGAACCAGUAUCUGUGCGGCGGAGCCCUGAUCGGCACGCAGUGGGUGCUGACCGCCGCGCACUGUGUCACCAACAUCGUGCGCUCGGGUGACUCCAUCUACGUGCGCGUCGGCGACCACGACCUGACGCGCAAGUACGGUUCGGCGGGCGCGCAGACGCUGCGCGUGGCCACCACCUACAUCCACCACAACCACAACUCGCAGACGCUGGACCACGACGUGGCCCUCCUCAAGCUGCACGGCCAGGCCGAGCUGGGCGGCGGCGUGUGCCUGGUGUGCCUGCCCGCGCGGGGCGUGGGCCAGACCGCCGGCAAGCGGUGUACCGUCACCGGCUACGGAUACAUGGGCGAAUCCGGUCCGAUCCCUCUGCGGGUCCGCGAGGCCGAGAUCCCCAUCGUGAGCGACGCCGAGUGCAUCCGCAAGAUCAACGCCGUCACGGAGAAGAUCUUCAUCCUGCCGGCGAGCAGCUUCUGCGCCGGCGGCGAGGCGGGCAACGAUGCCUGUCAGGGCGACGGCGGCGGCCCGCUGGUGUGCCAGGACGACGGCUUCUACGAGCUGGCCGGCCUGGUGUCCUGGGGCUUCGGCUGCGGCCGCGUCGACGUGCCCGGCGUGUACGUCAAGGUGUCCUCCUUCAUCGGCUGGAUCAACCAGAUCAUCAGCGUCAACAACCUCUAGAGACCCAGAGGCCCCUGACGGCCUCACACUGUGCUUUCAACUUUCUGCGUGCAUCUCUAUUCCCUUUUCCUUCGGCGGCGGAGGGUCUGCGGGACGUGUGACCAAAAGACUGACGGGAGGAGUCUGGCGUGCGGAUUCGGCCGGCCGCUGCACUGGCCGCGCUCCGGGCUGCUCCGGGCGCCCGGAAGGAACUCGACUGAUUCCGGAAGCGCGCCGGUCCGGCCCGGUCCUGGCCGUCAGGGCAGCGCCGGCCGGCACAAUGUGAAACGGAAAAUCAAAAAAAGUAUUGCAGGUGUGGUGCUUUGAGCUCAGCGCGCCACUGCCACGCAGACAGCCCGAAUUUGGAACCGCGACCUGAAACCACGAUGUGUUCAACCGCCGAGACCUUUUCCAUUUCUGACGACGAGAAGUGUGGAGCGAGAGAGAGUGCUGAAGGGGUAUGUUGGUGUUCCGUUGAAGCGCCCUGGUUUCUCGUUCGGCCACGAUAAAAAAAAAAUUGAAAAUG